AUGGCGCGCUCAUUGACAGGAGGCUCCUUCGGCGUGCAGGGCAUGCUCAAGGAGGGCACCAAGCACCUGAGCGGGCUGGAGGAGGCCACCUUUAAGAACAUCGAGGCUGCGAAGCAGCUCUCCUCAUGCGUCCGGACCUCUCUCGGCCCCAAUGGAAUGAACAAGAUGGUCAUCAACCACCUGGAGAAGCUCUUUGUGACGAACGAUGCGGCGACCAUCGUCGGCGAGCUCGAGGAGGUCGAGGUUGGCGACGGCACCAACCUGGUCGUCGUUCUGGCGGGCGAGCUGCUCAGCCAGGCGGAGGAGCUGCUCAAGUCCGGGCUGCACGUCUCCGAGAUCAUCGGCGGCUACAAGGCGGCAGAGGCCAAGGGGAAGCCGAGCCGCACCCCCGCACGCCACCACCGCACCCCUCUUCCCCUUUGGGCGGCCGACCUCAAGAACUACAACGACUCGGAGGAGGCCGCGCUGGAGAAGACGAUCAAGGCGAUCCGCGACACGGGCGUCAACCUCAUCGUGUGCGGCCAGGCCGUCGGCGAGCUCGCGCUCCACUUUUGCGAAAAGUUCGGCAUCCUCGUCCUCAAGUGCCCCUCCAAGUUUGAGCUGCGCCGCAUCUGCCGCACCACGGGCGCCGCCAACCUGGUGCGCCUCGAGCCGCCCGCGCCGGACGACAUCGGCAGCUGCGCGCGCGUCUACCUCAAGGAGAUCGGCUCGACCAACUGCACCAUCCUCGAGCAGGAGGACGCCACUUCGAAGGUGGCCACCAUCGUGGUGCGCGGGUCGUCGCCCAACAUCAUGGACGACGUCGAGCGCGCCAUCGACGACGGCGUCCACACCGUCAAGGCGAUGACGCGCGACGCGCGCUUUGUCGCCGGCGCGGGCGGGUGCGAGCUCCAGCUCGCCGAUUUGCUGCAGCAGCACGCCGAGGCGCAGCCCGGCCUCGACCAGUACGCGAUCAACAAGUACGGCCUCGCGCUGGAAGUGGUGCCGCGCACGCUCGCAGAGAAUGCCGGCCUCGACGCGGCCAACAUCGUCGCGGCGCUGUACGCCGCGCACAAGGCGGGCGAGCGCUCCGCCGGCGUGAACGUGGUCGACGGGCAGGUGGACGCGACGACCGGUGUGCUCGACUUGCUGUGGACGAAGAAGGAGGCGUUGCGGCAGGCGACCGAUGCGGCGGUGACGGUGCUGCGGGUGGACCAGAUCAUCAUGUCCAAACCAGCGGGCGGGCCGAAGAAGGGCGACCAGCCGGCGAUGUAG